GAUCGAAGUCUGUAGUCAUGUCUGCUUUGCUCUCGACUAUGUGUGUAAUGGACAACGCAAGGCGUCGUCCAAGAAUGGUCUAACGACUUAUUGUACAUUUAUUAGUAGGGUUUGUUUCGUGACGUUUUGUUCUUUAUUUGGACCAAUUUGUUGGUUGUUCUACAAGCUUCAAAAUGACUGAAGAUGAUAUUUUGUUUGAUGAAGCUUACGAGUUGCAAGAAGUUAUUUGGAGGGGAUCUUGCAGUGUUAUAAGGCGCUGCACCCACCGAUUAACAGCACAGCACUUUGCUGUAAAAAUUGUUGAUGCAGCCAAAUUUACUGCCAUUCCAUCACUUACCCUUGACAAUCUUAAACUGGAGGCCACCAUAUGCCACAUGCUUAAGCAUCCUCACAUAGUCGAGUUGUUGGAAACUUACAGUUCUGAAGGAAUGGUUUACAUGGUCUAUGAGUUAAUGGAGGGAGCUGAUUUGUGUAUAGAAAUUGUUAAACGUGCCACAUCUGGUUUUGUUUAUAGUGAAGCUGUAGCCAGCCAUUAUUUUCGUCAGGUGCUUGAGGCACUACGUUACUGCCAUGAUCACGACAUUAUCCACCGAGAUUUACGGCCUCAUAACAUUCUGCUAGCAAAUAAAGAAAAUUCGGCACCCGUAAAACUGGCGGGCUUCGGAUGCGCUAAGCGCGUUACCGACGAAGAUGUAGCGACAUCAGGUCGAUUGGGCGAUAGUUUUUACAUCAGUCCUGAAAUGGCGUUAAAUAGACCACAUGGUAAAGCCUCGGAUAUAUGGAGUGCGGGGGUCCUACUCCAUAUCCUUUUAUCCGGUACACAACCCUUUUUGGGCACGGAUGAAUCUCUCAGAUACACCAUCUGCAGUGGGGAACUGCACUUCGAUGCGCCGGUCUGGGGAGCCAUAAGUGACCACGCAAAGGAUUUACUGCAGCAGCUUCUGUGCGUCGACCAAAACGAUCGCCUAUCGGUUCACGAAGCUUUGGAACACCGGUGGCUUAAGAACCGAGACAAGUGCGCCUCCAGAGACCACCUUCAUCUUACAGUGGAAGAGAUGCGCAUAUUCAACGCGCGUCGGAAACUCAAGAGUUUGAUCGUGGCCACAGCCAAUUCCAUCAAGUGGGGACAUCCUUCCUUAGAUCCCAACUGCGACGCCUUUUCUGACAUUGAUGAAGAUGAAUCCAUAUCCAAUCAUGCUGUCAACGCCAUACUCGAUAGUAUUGAUGAGAUCCAGUUUCUUCAGGACACGCCGUGGAUUCAAAGAGAUGUUGAAAGCAUGCGCCAAGUGCUCAGUAGUUCCAGACUGCAUUCACUGUUGACGUUGUACGACAAGAUCAGCUGCCGAGCGUCGCCAUCUCAUCGGUUAGCUACGUCAGACGCCGUGAAACGAUACCGUCAGGCCAGCGACGUCCUCCGGGAAUUGCCGCGUUCCAUACGCGAUAGCCAUGACGUCCGUGAACUUCGUGACGUCCUCGCCAACCCCUUUCUAAAGGCCUUGCUGCAAGCGCACGAUGUUAUUGGCUACGAAUUCUAUGGCGAAGAUUCGGAAGGAGCUCGGGUGACACCGCCGCCUCUAUUGCCACCCGUAUACCUCAGUCAUUCAUCCAUUGCUGGAUCCACAUCGAUGGGUGGCUUGUACGGUAGUCAUGCCCUUGACGGACUAGCCAGACCAGACAGCAGUCUAGGCGGCGUGACUGGAGGAACUGCAAAUGGAGAUGUUCAACCUUUGGAACACGUCACUCGGGUCCGCUUGGUCCAGUUCCAGAAGAAUACAGAUGAGCCAAUGGGUAUUACGCUAAAGGUUACAGAAGAUGGACGUUGUAUUGUUGCGCGCAUCAUGCACGGAGGCAUGAUUCACCGACAGGCGACGCUGCACGUUGGCGACGAGAUUCGUGAGAUAAACAGCAUGCCAGUGGCCAACAAAAGCGUCGAUGCUCUACAGAAAAUUCUGCGCGAAGCCCGUGGAUCGGUCACCUUCAAGAUCGUGCCGUCGUACAGGAGCGCCCCGCCACCGUGUGAGUUAUUCAGGAUUAAUCCACAGCCGGUUCUUAUCUACGUCCGAGCUCAAUUCGAUUACGACCCACUGGGUGACGACACUAUUCCCUGUGCUCAAGCUGGCAUUGCUUUCAAGACCGGCGAUAUCCUUCAGAUCAUUAGCAAGGAUGACAACCGAUGGUGGCAAGCCAGGAAGGACGGUGCCGGAGAAUUGGCUCCCGCUGGAUUGGUUCCAUCUCCCGAACUGCAGGAAUGGCGUAUCGCGUGCACGACGGUGGAGAAAAGCAAACGAGAACAAGUCAACUGCUCGUUUUUCCCCAAGAAGAAGAAGCAGUACAAGGACAAGUAUAUGGCCAAACAUAAUACCGUUUUCGACCAGAUGGACGUCGUCACUUACGAAGAAGUCGUCAAGUUGCAAUCCUAUCAUCGCCGAACGCUUGUUUUGUUGGGUGCGCAUGGUGUAGGAAGACGUCAUAUCAAGAACACGAUGAUAGCCAACCAUCCCGAUAACUACGCCUAUCCGAUACCUCAUACGACGAGAUUGCCGAGGAAGGACGAAGAGAAUGGAAAGAACUACUUUUUCGUCUCACAUGACGAGAUGAUGGCCGAUAUUGCAGCGAACGAAUACUUGGAAUACGGAACUCAUGAGGACGCCAUGUAUGGUACAAAAUUGGAAACGAUACGAAGGAUACAUUCUGACGGGAAGGUGGCCAUUUUGGAUGUGGAACCCCAGGCCCUGAAAGUGCUACGCACCGCCGAGUACUCACCUUUUGUCGUGUUCAUAGCCGCUCCCUCCGUACAAAAUAUCAAUGACUAUGACGGAAGUCUGGAACGAUUGAUCAAGGAGUCUGCAUUGUUGAAAACAUCUUACGGUCACUAUUUUGACCUGACCAUCGUGAACAACGACAUCGAAGAGACGAUUAGAGUUCUGGAGCAAACCAUGGAGACGUUGCCGGGCAGUGCGCAGUGGAUUCCCGUAUCCUGGAUUUACUGAUGUACAGAUGUAAUCGACUUCUCUCUUCCUUUCCUUCAUAUCCACUAUUAUUUUUCUUUCCUCUCUCUCGUCGCAAAAUUCCUCAGCCAACUGCAAAUGAUCUUUUUUCCUCUUCUAAGAACCUUCUAACGUAUAUUUUAACAUUUAUUGGCAGCUCAAAAGGAAGGAGAAAAGAAUAGGAGCAAGGUCUUUUUUUUUUCAUAGUGCGAAGUCUGCUGGCGGGCCAAAGGAAGUAUAAAGAAGUGUUUGUUAUUUUUCUUCCGCCUGUUUGGAUGAGAAACGAAGCAGCCUAUAGUUUGACAUAAGGAUUUUUGCUUUGACUUUUUUUUUUUUUUUUUUUAUCAGAAAAGGAUUUAUUUAAUCUUGGCCCUCUGAAGUUUCUCUUUUGCUUAAAAGGAUGCCGUCAGCAAUUCAAAACUUCUUAGAACAAGUUUCAAGCGGCCGGCUGUAAGCGAUUACGUUGACACACCCUAGACCAUUCACACAAUCUCUAGCCGGUGCAGCUCAUUGAUUCCCAUGUGCUGGUUACACUUUUCUCCACCCACCACUCUAAUUUGCGUCGUGAAUCCCGCCGGGCCUACGGUCGGCCUCACUUCCCAAGUCUUCUAAUACGCAUUAGAAUUUCUUCCAUGUGUAAGUAAUUGUUUGGAUUUAAGGUUGACUAUUGUGCGUUGUGUUGGUCGAUUGGCAGCUUCAUUUCCCGUGACAAGGGAAACUUGGCAUCUUCCAGCAGCGUGAAUCAUAAAGACGACAAUGAUGUAAUUGACAAACAAAAAAACUAAGACGGGUCGUUUUGAUAGUAUCACAAAUCUGUGAAGUUUUUCAAACACAAGAUUUAAUUUUUCUAGGUAGUAGCUAAUAUCAGCUAUAGGUAAAGACACACACACAUCUUUAAUGUUUCUGUUGUCCCUCCUUUCGUCCCCGUCUUCGUUUUUUGGGUUUAGUUAUCAGCCCUCCCUUAUUUUUUCAGCGAUGUUGUGGAUCGCACGCACAUAGUCAAGUUCCUCGUUUGGGUUUCCUAUGAGCGUUUUCAGUAUCCAUCAACCUCGUAAUCUCUGAACAGAAUCUGAAGUAUCUGAGCAAUACGAUCGAAAUUGGUUGGAUCUAGCAGACGUUGUUUAAAGUAUCAAUUACAUCCGCCAACCCUACCAGAAACUUUUAGUUUCUUUUCUAUUGUGGCACGCAAAAUCCGAAUGUAAAUGUCAUUUUCAAUGUUUGGAAUCAAUAGGAUGUGUCUUUUAGUUUCCACAACAGAAAUGAGGAAGGCAAAAAUGUGUCAUCACUGCGCAUGUCUUAGCCCUGCCCAAAUAUCCCGGUUUCUCUUCCCCAUGUCCUUUAUUCGCCAAAAAUUAAAAAAGAAAAAGAAAAAAAAAAGCGCAUGGAAAAACUGUUUUUUUAUGAACGCUCGUACGACUUUUAACGAUGCAUCUGUUGUAAUCAAAUCAAUCUGUUGACAAAUUGGAAAGUUAAGGGGUGUACUGUUCUUUAAAUGUGAGUUGGGAGGUGUUUCUGUAUGCAUAGUUUGCAACAAAUGAUUUCAGAAUCCUUUAUCUGAGUUAACUGGUGAUGUUUUCAAAAUGAACUUCUCUUCCCAUUCCUCUGCUGCCCUUCCCCAAUAUCAUCACUUUUCAUCACUUGCUCUACACAAGUUGGAAACAUGCAUAACAAGGACAGCGCCGUCUUGAGUGAUUUUAUUUUCGUUCUGUGACGGCCACAUCAUUGUUGAUUUCUCCUCCUUUUUUCAAUUUUAUUUUGAAUGUAUGACAUGAUUACGAAGUUAUUACAAGAUAACACACAA